UUCUCCAGCCCUGCCAGAGCCAAUCCGCGACUGGGUGUAAGUAGGGCAAGCCGCUUCCUGGUUCUCAGAAAGAAGGAGCAGGGAGUCAGAGUGGGCCGGCGGAGGCAGCAGCGCACAGGGGGGUCAGAGCAGCGCAGAGAGCCCGCGGUCUGCACAGAGAGGACAGGACGGGAGAGGAGAGAGGACGACCCGGAGAAAAAAACCUCCAGGAAGGUCGAGCUUGACAGGACGGCAGCGGUGGUGCGACCCCCUGGAGGACAAGAAAAGACACGAGCAGGGAGGAUAGAAAAGAAAAAAGAAAAAAAAAAGAACAAGAAGUAGAAGAAGAAGUCGGCAGGGUGGGACGGAAUAAUCCAGGAAGUGUGGAGGCCGGUCAGGUGGGAGGCGACGAGUCUGAACAGGUGACACACCGGCACUCAGGUGUAUGACCUCUGCUGACCUCUGAGCAAGGAAACCAAAGAGGAGAGAGACGAGCGGGAGGCAGAAAGAAGCAGGCAGCCAUCUUCUCCUGGGUUUAUGGACUGGAGGUGGCAAUGUCUCCAGGAGAGGACGGUCUGAUUGGGAUCCCCUUCCCGGAGCACAGCAAUGAGCUCUUGUCCCACCUGAAUGACCAGAGGAGGGCAGGGCUCCUCUGUGACCUCACUCUGACGUCCCGCGGGGCACGCUACCCGACCCACCGCUCAGUCAUGGCUGCAGUCAGUCUCUACUUCCGCCAGCUGUUUGGGGCAGAGGAAGGGGGCGGCGAGGGUGGAGGAGGUUUCAGCGUGUGCCAGCUGGACUGCGUGGCACCGGAUGCCCUUGAUGCCCUGCUGGAGUUCGCCUACACUGCCACCCUGACCAUCCCCAGCUCUGGGAUGAGGGAUGUGCUGAGAGGGGCUCAGCUUCUGGGUAUUCAAUGUGUGGCCGACGCAUGCAGAGACAUCCUGGGGGAGACAGCGGAGGCAGAGGGGGAGACAGCAGAGCAGCAGAGAGCCCAACACACAGCUGCUGAGAGGAUUGCACAAGAAGAAAGCAGGAUAAUGAGAGGGUCCCGAAGAAAAACGGACAGAAAGAGGGUGAAAAAACUUGGAUCGCAUCACAUCGACUCAUCAGCUCUGAACCCCUCACCUGCUUCUCCUGUUUCGCACCCGUCACCUGCGUCCGACAGCUUCCGCUCCUUGCCGUCCACCCAGCCACCCAGCCCAGAAGCAGACGAGUUUCGCCACAAAUCUGGGCAGAAUGGAGAUCCAAGAGCGAUCAGAGAGCCAGGGAGAGGGACCACACCAAAUGGAGGGCUCUACCACUGGCCCUCUGAGCGGCCCCGUAUAGCCCUCCCACCUCCUGUUCCACCUUUGAAUGACAAGCUGUCAGAGGAAGAUGACAUGGAAGGUUUUGGCGACGAUGGUAUCCUGAUGGGAAGCACCUCCAUACCUACCUCUGUAGCUGAUCGAGGAGCGGUGGCAUCAGCAGCAGGAGGUGGGAGGAAGAGGAAGUCUCAGACGCCCCAGCAGUGCCCUGUUUGUCAGAAGAUCAUCCAUGGAGCGGGAAAACUGCCCCGACACAUGAGGACGCACACUGGAGAGAAGCCCUUCCAGUGCUCUGCCUGUGGAGUCCGUUUCACUCGAAAUGAUAAGUUGAAGAUCCACAUGAGGAAACACACAGGCGAGCGACCCUACCCCUGCCCGCACUGCACUGCUCGGUUUCUCCACUCAUACGACCUCAAAAACCACCUGUCCCUCCACAGUGGGGCGAGGCCCUUUGAGUGCCCCCUCUGCCACAAGGCCUUCGCCCGAGAGGACCAUCUCCAGCGUCACCGCAAGGGACACAGCUGCCUGGAGCUGCGAACACGCCGGCCCCGACGUGGGCCCGAGCCCGGGGAGGAUGGGAGAGGGGAUGGCAGCAUGAGGGAGCACUCCAACCAUCUGGAGGCUCUGGCUUUACAGGCCCACUCCUCAGCGUUCCUCCCUCACCAGGUGCUAGAUGGUGGGAGCGGGUCCGGCCCUCCACUGAUGUUUCCAGGCGACAUCGAGAGGGAGAGGGAGCGGUCUCUCGCCCUUCAGGCUUUGGCUCAGCUCGGGCCUCACAGGCUGGCCGGUUAUCCUGAGCUCUUCCUGCGAGGUCUAGAGCUGCGAGGGAGCCGAGAGGCAGACGGAGAAGAUCCAGGAGGAACCCACUCGCCGGCUUCACAGCGGGACCGAUGGCCUGACGAAAUGGAAGAGGAAGUUGGAGAAGAGGAAGCGGAGGAAGAGGAAUAGUGAAGAGCAUGUGUCCGUGUGAGUGUGUCUGUGUGAGUGUGUGUGUGUACAUGUGUGUCUGUGUGGUAAAGCAUCCACAAAAAAAAAAUCUCACUCAGGUGGCUGGACUAAUGACCUGCUGCUCCCAUAUAGAGAGCGCUUAAAAAGAAACAACUAAAUGAUUAAAAGAAAAAAAUGGAAAACGGGUUUUCUGAGAUAUUUUAAAUGUUUGUCUUCUUGCUUUUGGCUUUUGAUUUAACUUGUCUUUCAACUUUUAUUUCUCGUUUGUUGUUUAUUUUUAUGUGUUUCAGGUUUGAGCUGUUUGAUUUGACUUUUCUAGCUGGAAGUAUGUGUGUUGAGUGUGUGGUUAGCGGGAUGCUUUUCACUAUGCAAACUAAAAUCCAGAGCUGCGACAUUUAGGGAUAUUUGAAGAUAUAUAUUUUAGUUACAAUAUAAAUGUAUUGAUUCAGGUGCAAUUCAGAAGUCAUAUCACCUACAUGACAAGAAUGAAUUUGUGUGGCCACUAUCCUCUGGUGGUUAUCAGUGGAAAUGCAGUCUAAUGAAUCCAACUUUUUCUGUACAUUGUAAGCAAUAAUGUUCUUUGUGUCUUUUCUUGUUUGUGGUAGAAUCUUUUCUUUGAUUUGGUGCUUAAACCAAAGAUUUUAGUUGAACUGUUCUCUUAAAUCCUAAUUUAACAGGUGAGGUGAGGUGAGGAGAGGUGACUUGUAGCCAAUGUUGGGUUUGUCGCGAAGAUUCGUCCCAACUGUUUUGAUAGCCAUGAGAAAGAAUCUGCUUCCAUAUUUGAGUGUUUCAGAGCCGUAGAGCUCUGUGUUAAAUGCCUGACCAAAAGAGACAAAGUCUGGGUCAAUGAGUUGAUUGUGUUGAAGGGCAAUUCUCCUUUUCCAGAAGGCUGUGGAUUUCAGUCUUCCAAUGCACUCGUUUUGAGUUCCUUGUUUGAAAAAAAAAAAGACAAAAAUAGAAAAGGGGCAUGUUAUGGGGGGAGUGAAUGAAAUGACUUGCCCCUUUUUUCUGUACUUAUUUAUUUAUUGUUAUUUAUUAAGACUCUUCUGCUGAAACUCUUUUGUGAGACCAAAUCCAGGGUAGGGCACAGAUCACAGUCUUGCAAAAAGCUGCAUUGCGCUAAAGAUUUUGGCUCAACGUCUCCAUAUACCUGAACGCCUUUUUAACAGGCUGCGUGUCUUCUUUUGGUGAUUCUUCCUCGAAUGCAUUCUUUGCACAUUUAACCCCGUCAGGUACUGCAAUAAUUACAGGCACAUUCCAUCCUCUGGGGUUGAGAGAAGGGAACAGAGCAAAGAAGAAGAAGUCAGGGGGUUUAAAACCUUCGGUGUAACCGGAACACAACAUGACUUUGCUGUUUGACGUUUUUCAGCAUGCUUCUCUGUUGUUAAUUCCACAUGUAUAGUACUGUAUCACGUGUUAUUGCAUGGCAGUUCUUAUAGAUCAGCCACCGCUGCGUCUAAAGGGGCCAUUAUCUUUUGAGUUAAUCUAUCUUCGACCAAAAACCUUUUUAGCUUUGCCACGCUUUACCUGGACCAGCGCAUUAAGGCCUUUUGCAGCGUGUAAUGCAAUCAUUAAUGGCUUUAAGUGACAGCAGUUGUCUUUUUUAUUUCAGAUUCUCUUGAAACCCAUGUAGUCAGGACCUGGUGUAGCAGUUGCGCUGGUCUGGCCUUGUGUGCACUAUCCGCUCCUUGAUGUUUAGUAAAUCAUUUUUUAUUCCCAGUUUAUUUGCACUAUGAUAUUUGAGAGCUUCAAGCCUUUUUGUCUGACCUUUGAUAUCUAGUCCAUUAACCCACUCAGUACGAUUUAAGAUUGUGAUUGAAAUACUUCUUAAAAGCCCACAUACGUUGAAUAUUUUUCCUCCUGCUUAAUGUACAGAGUUAUAUAGUUAUUAUAAUAUAUAUAUAUAUAUAUAUAUAUAUAUAUAUAUAUAUAUAUAUAUAUAUAUAUAUAUAUAUAUAUAUAUAUAUAUAUAUAUAUAUAUAUAUAUAUAUAUAUAUUGGGAUGAAGUUGCCUUAGAUUUUUUUUGUGCUGCAACUAUUCUCAGGAAACCUUGAGCAAUGCACUAAGUGAUUAUACAAAAAAUAAAAUGGGAAGAAAUCGUUUGGUGCUCUGGGGUGAUUGACACUCUUCAUAUAAGGUCAGUAGUUUCAAAAUAAGAGAUUUUGUAGAUUGGCAUAAUUUGAUGUUUGAAAAACCAAAUUAAUUAAACCUAUUAUAAGAGUAAGCUACUAGCCUUACAGAACCAGUCCUACUGGAAUGGCAGUAUGACAGUUGGUCCUGUUGAUGAAGGGUGUUGGCGAUCCCAGUCAGAGCUUUGUGAAUGAAUGAGGGUUAACUGAUGCCAGCUGUGAAGUGUAUGUUUCUAUGUGAGCUGUUUGUUUUCUUGGCUUCGGUGAAGGGACACGGGGUCCGGUCUGAGCAGAGACCCCGCUAUCAGGGAUACAUUUUUGUCUUUCAGUUUUUAGUGGAACCUUCUCAGAGAUAUGAAUUCAUUUUCCCAUCAUUUGUUUCAGUUAAUGUAAAGAAAAUAAAUAAAGAUAUCUAAGCUUGC